AGUUUAUGUUGCGGAAAUGCUGCAAUGAAGCGGAACCAUACAGCUGUGAAGUGGCAUUUCCUGGAGUAGUCGGACAUUGCAAGGCGUCGGACCAGUUCAGCACGGCGCAUAUGUAACUGCUGGAAAGGUGUGGUGUGAAAUGGCCGAAGACGAAGAGAAUAACAACAAAAAGGGUUUACGCCUGCUUUGGAUUCUGGACGUGCAGAAGACGCCGUGUGCCCGAGAAGCGGUCCUGCACGGAGCCGGAGGUUCUGUUGUUGCCGGACUGGCGCACUUUUUGGCCACGAGUCGCGUCAGGAGGUCCUUUGAUGUCGGCAUGGCGGGCUUCCUGUUGACCACCUUGGCUUCCUGGUCUUACUGUCGUACGAACAACGCCAAGAUGCGCGUGCAGCAGAGGAUGAUCCAGGACGCCAUGAAAAACAAGGUGGUCUACGAGGGAACCAGUCUGGACCCUGCAGUCAGAACCAGAACAGAAGCGUCACCGGGCCCCUCGUGACCCCUCAGAGACUCCUCAACUCCAAGCGGCUGAUGUUUGUUGUUGUUGCCAUGACAACCGCUUGCACCUGCACAGAAACACUGCUGCAUGAGUGCCCAUACAGGAAGUGUAAUAAAUGUAAUCAUAAAUAUCUCUCAUACAAGGUGAGGACUUACUUGUUGCUAUGGUUACAGUAUAUUUAAAUCAGGGUUGUCCAAACUUUUUCCACUGAGGUCCGCACACUGAAAAAUGUUCAUAUUUUUCAAAACCAACACAAUCCUUAAGUUUUUUGUUUUUUUACCUAUAGUGCUCUCGUCAACCUCAGUCAUAAAAAAGUUUAAAAUAAGUUGGGGGUUUUUUACAAACUUAAAUCUGUAGAUCAGCUUCAGAUCUAUCUGUCAAUAUAAUGUUUUUAUUGAAUGUUUUAUGACCUUUUUGUUAAAAAAAAACUUAAUUUUUUUCUGACAAAAAAACUAAAUAUGCAAUAAUUUGACCCAAAAGAAGUUCAAAGUGGAAAAUGAAAAAGCCUAAAUAAGUCAAUAAUUCAUAACAUUGAUUUUGAUUCAUUAUUAUUUUUUGAGCAAUGAGUUUUAAAAAAAUCCCACUAAAAUUCUUAGGGAUCUUAAAGUUCCCCACUUAUAAAAUGGUUAAAAAUAAAUACGUUUAUUUUUUUACUUUCAGUUCCUAAAUUUCUUGAUCAACUUCAGAUCUAUCCAUUGAUUUUUUAUAUUAUUUUUUGUUUUUGUUUGUUGUGUGCUCUUAUUGUCAUAUAAAACUUUGUUUUUCAUGGCAAAAACAAAAAAAAAUGCAAUAAUUUCCCUCUAAAGUAUUUCAAAUUGGCCUUAAAUAGGUCAAUAAAUUAUAACAUUGAUUUUGAUGCAUUAUGUUUCGACCACUGAGUUAAAAAAAAGAAAUCCAACUAAAAAGGGAUCUAAAAGGGUUAGGGUUAUAAAAGUGUUAAAAAUCAAUUUAUUUAUUUUUUUUAUUAUUCAACGAUCAUUGUUUUUUAAACAACCUCAGAAAAAACCUGGCUCUCCAAGUACCACCGUAAUGACCAACAUUAUAAUACAGCAGCAUAGUAGGCCUAAGUGUUCAUUAAAAACAAUGCUGAGGGAUUUAUUUAACAAGUAUAUUUAAUAUGUUUGGCCACAACAUUACACACAGUUUGGACAGUAUCACUGUUUGAAUAUAGGAAAAUAAAACACUGUACUUUCAUCAAGCGAUUCUUUGACGUACCACUAGAUGGAGCCCUUGUACCAGUUUGAGAAUCCCUGAUCUCGAUCAACUUCAGAUCUGUCAAUGUAAAGUUUUGUACUUUUUAUUUUGUAUGCCCUUUUUGUUUAAGAAAACCCAGUUUUUUAUGGCAAAAACACGAAAUAUGCAAUUACUUCCCCCCUAAAAUGUGAAUAUGUAAGGAAGUGGAGCCUUAAAGAAGUAAAUAAUUCAUAACCAUUUUGAUUCAUUAGGUUUUGAACAAGGGCAGUUUUUUCACGAGGAUCCAAAAGGAGUUCAAAAAUAAGUCCUAUAUUUUAAUUGUUUGUUUUAUGCGCUUUUUGUCACAGAAAACUAGUUCUUA